AUGCAGCCAUGGCUUCUUCAGCUGCCCGCUGCCCGCCGGCGCACUCUCGCGCUCGGCGCAGCGUUGCUGGUGGGCGGGGGGGGCGCAGCAGCGGUCGCUUAUUACAGAUCCGUCGCCGUCGCGGCAGCUGUUAGGCGCAGGGAAGCAAGAGCGGCGCUGUCGCAAACUGGCGCGUCAGAGGAACAGGCGGAGGGGGAAGCGGCGGCGCUGAUUGAGGGGGCGGGGGACGAGGAUGGCAGGCGGAAGAAGGCUUCGUGGAAGGGCAAGGGCGGGGAGGGCGGCGGAGCAGAGAAGGGGCGUCGGCGGAAGAAGGGGGGAGGGAUGGCCUCGGUUGGCGCUAUAUGCAGCUUUCUGGCCGCGAGGAUGGGCGAGAAGGGGUGGCAGCGGCUUGCUGCCUUAGCAGCCAUAGCAGUGGUGCGCACGGUGCUGAGCAACCGCCUGGCGCGCGUGCAGGGGCUGCUGUUCCGGUCGACGUUCCUGCGCAACGUGCCCCAGUUCACGCGCCUGAUCACGGAAAACCUGCUGCUGUGCCUCGCGCACUCGCUCAUCUUCUCCUCCUCCAAGUUCCUCACCGGCAGCCUGUCCCUCCAGUGGCGCUCGCUGCUCACCGCCGCCAUUCAUAAGCUCUACUUCAAGGGCAUGGUGUACUACCGCAUGUCGCACGUGGACAAGCGCGUGGACAGCGCAGAGCAGCGCAUAGUGAGCGACGUGCCGCACAUCUGCAACGAGCUCGCGGACCUGCUGCACGACCUGCUCGUCGCCGCCACUGAUGCCACCUUCUACACCUACUCGCUCACCACCUACACUCACCCCAAAUACGCCGGGGGGAUUUUGGGAUACGUCCUGGCUGCGGGAGCCCUCACGAGCGCACUUGCCCCACCCUUCGGCAAGCUCCUGGGCAAGGAGCAGCAGCAGGAGGGCGAGUACCGGCAGCUACACGCUCGCGUGCGCACACACAGCGAGAGCAUCGCGUUCUACGGAGGCCACGGCCGAGAGGGCGCGCUCAUCUCCCAGGCGUUUUCCGCCCUUGUGAAGCACAGCGCAGGCGUGUUACGGACGCAGUGGUGGUUCGGAAUAGUGCAGGACUUUCUGCUGAAGUACUGUGGGGCUACUUGGGCCGUGGUGCUGAUCAUAGGGCCGUUCUUCGGCGCGAGCAUGCAGACGCAGGGGUCGAGGGAGGCGCGUGCGGAGAUGCUGUCUCGCAUGCGGUACCACACGUCCGUGGUCAUUGCGCUGUUCCAAGCCAUGGGCACCAUUGCCGGUAGCUCCAGGCGUAUCAUCCGGCUCAGUGGGUAUGCAGACCGCAUUUGUGAGCUCAUGCAAGUGGCUAAGGACUUGAGCCAGCAAGACGCGCACAUGCACUCUCAGGAAGACGGAGCAGAAGGAGGAGGAAGACGAAUCAGCGAGGGGGAGAGUCAUACACAGGUCCUGGCAAAGGCAGGGAAGGCGGCGCAAGGGGAUGGGGAGGGGGAGGGCGAGGGCGGUGGUAGCGGCGGUGGAAAGUUUGCGGAGGCCAAGUAUAUAGAGUUUGAGAACGUGACGGUGGUGACGCCGGCAGGAGCGAAGCUGGUGGAUGGGCUGACACUGCGAGUGAACCCGGGAGAAAACCUGCUCAUCACAGGCCCCAACGGCAGUGGCAAGAGCAGUCUAUUCCGAGUGCUGGGCGGGCUGUGGCCCCUCGUGGAGGGCCGAAUCAGCAAGCCUGGGCGAGCAGCGGACCUGAGUCACGACAUAUUCUACGUGCCGCAGCGGCCGUACAUGGCCAUCGGCACCCUUCAGGAUCAGCUCGUGUACCCUCUCACUGCCAACGACCUCCCGGAGCCUCUGCAGGAGGAAAGGCUAAGGGAGAUGCUGCGCGUGGUUGACUUGGAGGACUUGGUGGACCGGUACGGCAUGGAGAGGGAGGUGAACUGGGGCGAGGAGCUGUCGCUGGGGCAGCAGCAGCGCUUUGGCAUGGCGCGCCUGUUCUACCACGCACCUGCGUUCGCCAUUUUGGACGAGUGCACCAGUGCUGUCACCACUGACAUGGAGGAGAGGUUCUGUCGCCUGGUGGAGCGCAUGGGCACGACGUGUGUGACCAUCUCGCACCGCCCUGCCCUCGUGGCCUUCCAUGAAACCGUGCUUGCACUCGAUGGCGAGGGCGGCUGGACCGUGCACUACAAGACCAACCCGUCGUCCCCAGGCUCCCCUGCGUCCAUCGUGGAGCAGGUGGCGGGGGCAGCGGGGUCGCCCCGGGGCAGUGCGGUGUUGGUGGCGGGCGGUGCGAGUGUGCGCGCGGGAGGUGUAUCGGAACGCAAGGCGGACGCACAGGUCAACGCCACACACUUCCUGCACGCCACAGACAAGCACAUGGGAGGCAAGGCGGCGCAGCAAGCGGAGGAAGUGAAGAUAGAGGGCGAGGUGCUGGCAGUGUCGCCGGCCAUAGAGGGCCCCCUGCCCAUCGUGCCUCACAUUCGACCCAAGAAGCGCGGCUUCUCUGCCCGCCUCAAUGCCAUGAUCCGCAUCCUGUUCCCCAAGCUGGGAGGGGUACAAACAGCACAGUUGGGGAUGCUAGCGUUCCUGGUGGUGGCACGCACAGGCCUGUCCGAUAGAAUCGCCUCUCUCAACGGCACGAGUGUGCGCAAUGUGCUACAGCAGGACAAGGUGGCGUUCAUGCGCCUCAUUGCCGUCUCCAUUCUGCAGAGCCUCGCCUCCGCUGUCAUCGCCCCCUCGCUCAGGCAUCUACAGUCAUCACUGGCACUGGGAUGGAGGCGGCACCUCACAGCCCACCUCACCCGCCUUUACUUCAGACAUAACGCUUUCUACAAGGUGGUGGCGUUGGGAACGGAGGGUCUAACAGACGCGGACCAGAGGCUAUGUGACGACGUGAACCGGGUCUGCUCGGACGUGUCAGGGCUGGUAUCAAGCCUCGUGAAGCCCAUAGUGGAUAUCUUCUGGUUCACCUGGCGCAUGCGCUGCCUCACAGGGCAGAGGGGCGUGGGCAUUCUGUACGCGUACAUGCUGCUGGGACUGGGAUUCCUGAGAGCUAUCACGCCGGAUUUCUCCUCACUCACGGCGGAGCAGCAUCGGCUUGAAGGGGCCUUCCGCUUCAUGCACUCGCGCCUGCGCACCCAUGCUGAGUCAGUGGCAUUCUUUGGAGGAGGCGAUCGUGAGCAUGCGGUGGUGGCGGACAGGUUUGACCGGGUGAUGGAGCACAGGCGGGGAGUGCUGUCGCGGCGGUGGUUCUUUGGCAUCGCGGACGAGUUCAUCACCAAGCAGCUGCCGCACAACGUCACCUGGGGGCUCUCCAUGCUCUACGCCAUGGACUACUCGCUCACUGACAGCUCCGACAACCAAGGCGUAUUGGCACACGAUCUGCGCUUCCUGGCGUCGGUAGUCUCGCACUCGUUCCUGGCGUUCGGGGACAUCUUGGAGUGUUACCGCAAGGUGCAGGAGCUGGCAGGCACCAUUUCCCGGGUCAUGGGGCUCGAUGAGGCGCUGCUUGCUGCACAGCACGACCUGGCCCCUCACAACAUGCAGCGCCCGGGGUCCUUCACAGGGCUGCUGGCGCUAGCAUCUCAGGCACCAGACGCGCCAGUGGCACAGGACGUGGCGUUCCUGGGAGUGGACGUCAUCACUCCUGCCCAGAAGCUGCUGGCUCACAAGCUCUCUGUGACUGUGCACCCGGGGCAGUCGCUGCUCGUCACAGGCCCCAACGGCAGUGGCAAGAGCAGUCUAUUCCGAGUGCUGGGCGGGCUGUGGCCCCUCGUGGAGGGCACGAUACUCAAGCCAGGCCUCCCGCCGAUGACAGCGGGCAGCAUGCUGCUAGCAGAGGGCGCCACAGGCAUCGCCACAGGCGGCAUGUUCUACGUGCCCCAGCGCCCGUACGCUGCUCUGGGGUCGCUGCGAGACCAGCUGAUUUACCCGCUCUCGCGAGUGGAUGCGGCUCAGAAGGUCGUGGGGUUCCGGGCGCCUGCUGCUCUUGCUGCCGCUGGGAAAGGCGACACCCCAGCGGCAGGGUGGACAGCAGCGGUGGAGGCAGCAGCGUUCCGGGCGUUGGACGAGCAGCUGGCGCGCAUCAUGGAGGACGUGCGCCUGCUGUACCUGCUGGGCCGCGAGGGCGGCUGGGACGCCACCUCCACGUGGGAAGACACGCUCUCGCUGGGCGAGCAGCAGCGCCUGGGCAUGGCCCGUCUCUUCUUCCACCGUCCCAAGUUUGGCAUCUUGGACGAAUGCACCAAUGCAACGAGUGUGGAUGUGGAGGAGGCGCUAUAUGCACGUGCCAAGGAGCUGGGCAUCACUGUCAUCACAAUCUCCCAGCGGCCUGCCCUGGUGCCGUAUCACUCGCAGGAGCUGCGGCUCAUAGAUGGCGAGGGCACAUGGGAGCUGCGCUCCAUUCGCGUUGCCACCCACUCUGCAGGCGCCGUGCCUGCUGCUGACGGUGCUGUGCGGUCCAAAGUGGUGAUUGAGGAGGUUGCAGUCAAUGGAGAGGCUGAGGGCAGGAAGGAUUCGUCUUCAUAUGCUGCCGUGGCUGCUGCGGGGACUACGACUGAGGAGGCAUAA